UUCGUGCGGUUCGUGCAUUGUGCACCAUAUUUUUGGUUUUGGAUACUUUUUACGUAGCUUAAUGCGAUGAGUUAUAAGUCGAAAGGAAAGGACCGUGAUCACGAGAGCAGCAAAUCCCGCAACAGUAUGUCGGGAUUAAAUAAAGGGCGUGACAAGGAACGCGAACGCAAAAAUGAGUACGAGGGCAAGGAGCGGUAUUCGGAGAAGGGUAACUUCAGCACAAAAGAACGACACCGCAGCAGGAGCCGAGAGCGCAGCAACGAACGGCGCGAUGGACGCCGCAGCAGCAAGGAUCGGCACGGUAGAAAACACAGCCGGACCCGUGACGACAGCCGGGAGCGUGAUCACCGCAGACGGGAGCACCGCGAACGAGAACGACGCAGCCGAAGUCGCAGCCGGGACCGGAAGCAUCGCAGCAGCGGCGGUAGUGGUGUAAAUGGUAGUGGUAGUGGUGGUAGCCGAGACGAUCGGGACCACCGUCACCGGUCCCGCGAGCACACGGAGGACGCGCGCAGAACGCUCGAGAGCAGCAGCAGCAGCGUCCGGAUGGACAGUCCGGAAAACUAUGAGUACAAGAGCAUGGAGUUUACGCAGAACGUUAUUUCGACGAUGUUGCUAACCGCGGCGACAGCGAGUGACUUUGCUAAAUUACUAAACAGUUAUAGCCAACAGCAGCAGAUACAGACACAGCAGCAACAAAUCCAAACCCAGCAGGCACUGUUCGAGCAGCACAACGAAAACAGCUGCUCCUCGGUCGGAUCAAAAGGUGAGAACGGCGUUCCCGGUUCGCAAGCGAUGGGUAAUGGCAACAGCAGCGGCGGUGAGGGCGGUGAAUCUUCCCGGCGACGUAAGAAAAAGUCGCGAUGGGCCGGUGGUGAUCACGAUAAAACGUUCAUUCCCGGUAUGCCAACGGUACUGCCAUCAACGCUGACACCCGACCAGCAGGAAGCGUACUUAGUGCAACUCCAAAUAGAGGAAAUCAGCCGCAAGCUACGUACGGGUGAUCUCAUGAUACCGCAGAACCCGGAAGAAAGGUCACCGUCGCCCGAACCGAUUUACAGUAGCGAUGGUAAGCGGCUGAACACGCGCGAGUUCCGCACGCGCAAGAAGCUGGAGGAACAGCGCCACCAGCUGAUUCAGCGCAUGCAGUCACUGAAUCCCGACUUUAAACCCCCUUCGGACUACAAACCGCCAGUAAUACGCGUCAGCGACAAGGUGUUGAUCCCGCAGGAGGAGUAUCCGGACAUAAACUUCGUCGGUUUGCUGAUCGGUCCGCGCGGCAACACGCUGAAAGCGAUGGAAAAGGACACCGGUGCGAAGAUCAUCAUACGCGGCAAGGGUUCGGUAAAGGAGGGUAAGGUAGGGCGUAAGGAUGGUCAGCCGCUGCCGGGUGAGGACGAACCGCUGCACGCGUUCAUCACCGCCAGCAACCCGGAAGCGGUGAAGAAGGCGGUCGACCGCAUCAAGGACGUUAUCCGGCAGGGCAUCGAGGUGCCGGAAGGGCACAACGAUCUGCGCCGGAUGCAGCUGCGUGAGCUGGCGCAGCUGAACGGUACGCUGCGGGAAACGGAUGGACCGCGCUGCAACAACUGUGGCUCGAACGAGCACAAGAGCUGGCUGUGCCCGGACAAACCGAACAUCACGAACAACAUCGUCUGCUCGGCGUGCGGCGGUACCGGCCACAUUGCGCGCGACUGUCGCAGCAAACGUCCCGGCCACGGUGGACCACCGGCGACCGGCGGUGGAGGUGGCAGCACCGCUACGAAGAUCGACGAGGAGUACAUGAGCCUGAUGGCGGAGCUUGGUGAGGCGCCACCGCCGCAGGACAACAACCACGGCUACGGUCACGGUGGUGGGAACAGUAACGGGGGUGGUGGAAACGGUGGGUCACGCGGUUCCUACAACAUGUUCGAACCGCGGUCGGCACCACGCCCACUGAUGGCAACACCGCACCAUCCACCCUCGCUGAUGGGCAACAGCCAACAAACGUCAAACGGCGGCAAUAACGGUAACACCACCCAGUCGGGCAAUGGCAAUGGUGGUGGUGCUGCAGGCGGAGGUGGUGGUGGUGGUGGUGGUGGCAGUGGUGCUAACUCCGGCAAUGGACACCAGUGGCCACCGAUGAUGCCGAUGCCACCCAUUCCACCAUCGCUACCCACACCACCGCCGCCACCACCGGCCGUCCCGUCGCUGAUGCAGUGGACACCACCACAGCCACCCCUACCACCGAACGGGGACGCGAUGGUACCGGCACCGAACCACCAUUCGUACAGUGCCGGUGUCGCACCGCCCGGUUUGGGCGGGUGGGGCAAGGGUACCGGCAGUAUGCUGCCGUCCGGGUGGCCGCCCGCACCGAGCGGGUUUGUACCACCGCCGCCCGGGCCGGCACCACCGCCACCACCGAUUUCCGGCAUGCCAUCACACAUUUUAGCGCCGCCACCACCACCACCACCCUCCUAAUUUGCUUACCUUCCGUCCUUCCGGGUUUUAGUUAGUUGAUGGGAGACACUACAGCCGCCAUGAUGCAAAUUCUGGAUGGACGUUUGAUCAGCUAUAUUUUAUAGAACUAUAUUAAUAUUUUUUUUUAAUUGUAACACACACUUCUAGGAAAGACACAUCGUGCUGGGGAACCCAAAACAAACCAAGGAAUUAUCAUAUUUUUGCGUGCUAUAAUACCCACCCUUGGUAUUAUAAUAAUAUGCAACGCUGGUAAUUCCGACUGAAAUUUUUUGAGGAAUUUAGUUUUCUACCAUUUUAUUUUUACCUUCCGGUGUGUGCUGUAUACGUUACACGUUAUGUUGCACACGAAAAUUGUAUUUUACUUCAAAUUCACGCAACCUGCUCCACCAUAUUGUAACUAUUCUACCAAGUGUAUAGUGUUUACGGUUGAUUUACGCAACUGAAAUUUAAACAAACUGCUGAAAUGGCUUUUGUUGGGAGAUAUGGAUGGUAGGGGCCCGCUAUAAUGUGUGCUGAAAAAAAACACACGCAAAAUAACACAGUUCCAUGUACCUCUCUCUGUCAACGCGGGUGGUCGAGGCAAGUAAACAAAACCGCAAAUCAUUUGAUGCUAAACGAAGCAAAAACAAGGAGACAUUACGGUAACCGCUACUGCAAAACAAUGGACAAACAUUCAAAAAGGAUUAUUUUUUAAUUUACUUACCCUCCUUAGCGCAUAAUGGUGGGUUCAAAUACCAAACACCUGAUCUGUUCUCAUAGUGUAUCAGCUUCUACACGUGCCCGUCGGUCACAUCAAUUCUCAGCAGUGAAGAAAUUCUAGUAAUUCCCCUAGGCGUAAUGCAGGAUAUAGUCGGUGAGAUAAUACGCAAUAAUAGGCAACACAAAUAGAAGGGAUCAUCCGGAAGCGUACGCGGCUACGUUUCUGUAAUGUUGUCUCAUUCAUUACAUACACACACGUACCCAGUCACACACACAAACACACACACACACAUACAAUGAAAGCAAAAUAAUCGCUAACGUUGUUUUUUCUUUCCUCUCUUUGUGUCUAUAUACUAUAUAAAAUGGUUAGCAGCGCUUAAGUAAUUAUGGUUUUAAUUUUCCUUCCUAAUAUCUUUCCUUCAAUGAUUCAUAGCGCAGGAUGGAAGAGAGGAAGAAAGAGAAAGGAGGGCGAAAAGGGGCAGCAAAGGGCAAAAGUAAAAUUGGGGAAUUGGGGGUCCUGUUCCCCCCCACCUCCCUUCCUCUGGGUCCGCUCGUGUCUCAUUCGUUUGCAUUGCGCAACAACACAUUCAUGUAACUAAAUGAACUACUUUCGAAUAAUAAACCAAUAUUUUAGGGCAGUCCAUUUUGCCAGGUACAGUGUGCA